UGACCGCGCGCCCGCGUCCGCUAUUAAGCGUCCGAUUUCGCGUAGCCGCCGUUUUCGCCGCGUGCCCGCGCCUCUCACCGCGCCGAAAAAGCCGUCGGCCGUACGGCCAUGUUUGCCGUGGGAGCCCGAGAUCGCGUUCCCGCAUCGGGAAUCCACACGACGCCCGCGAUGGCGAAAGUUGUCGGAAGGUGCGGUGUCGUCGUCCCGCCGCCGGCGGUCGCAACGGCCGCGCGCGAAUCUCGUGCCGCCCGGAAGCGCGGCCGCGAGGGAAGCCACGACGACGUCGAACGGUACUCUCGUUGGCCUUCGACGCGAGACGACGACGCUCGCCAGCCGGUUAGCUGGCUGGCUUCGUCCGUCUGUUGCUGCGUAUGUCGCUCCUCGGACCCUUGGGACGGUAUGUGCGUAUCCCGGCUUCCCGGCCGCACGUGGACCUCGCUCGAGACUCGAUCCAUUGUUUUCGCCACGUUGGCGUGAGUCGCACUAACACCAGCGCUGAACUCCCCGGCCGCGUCAACCGACAUGUUUCGUCUGCUAUAGCUUAACGUUAACCUUCCACGAGCGCGGAGAAAUAAUGAAUCGGACGACGACACGAUUUUGUCGUGAGACAUCGCAAUGGAGCAGCUCAGCGAAGGUCAGGCGGUUGUGGUGGGUGGUACGGGAGGAACGGUGCAGGUCGUUCAGAUGGGUCAGGGUGGCCAGGCUAUGAUGCUCCCGCAGGCCAUACAGGUGGCUGCUCCCAACGGACAGAUCCAGGUUGUACCUGUGUCCAGUUUAACGAACACAGGCCAGCAGAUAGUUAUUCAGCAGCCCCAAACGCCACAGAUCAUUCAAACACCCGAUGGACAAACUUACAUUUAUCAACCUGUCCAGCUGGAAGGACAAGUUCAACAGACGCAACCGACAGUUAUAAAUAUCAAUGGCAAUCUCAUGCAAAUCGCUGGGACUACGACGCAGGCCACCACCAACACGGCUACCACAUCGCCGGUACAGCCUCUGGCUAGUCCUACAGCAACAGUAUCUCAGGCAGGAAAUGUUGUUAUGAUGGUGCCGGGAAACAGCGGACAGACGCAGUUCCAGAGAGUCGCCUUACCUAAUGCCGAGUUUCUCGAAGAAGAACCAUUAUAUGUAAACGCUAAACAAUACAGGCGUAUAUUGAAACGUCGUCAGGCACGCGCGAAAUUAGAGGCCGAAGGAAAGAUACCUAAAGAGAGACCGAAAUAUCUUCACGAGUCCCGACAUCGACACGCGAUGAACAGAAUUCGUGGUGAAGGUGGCCGUUUUCAUUCCGGUCAAGUGAAAAAGCGGAAGUAAGUCUCCUGUAAAAAAAAAAAAAUAAGGAGUCACGUGUCUCUCGGUCAUGAUUUUGCGCGAGGGUGUAAUUAUUUCAUUUUGUUAGUGCAAAUGCAAAUUUCGUGAUUAAACAUGUCGCAAUUUCAAUCGGCAACAAUAUCAUUCAUACUACAGCAAUAACAGCCGAAAAUAUAGGUAUAUCGUAUUAACAUACGAUAUCAUCGCGUAGACAGUCACGAUGUUACGAUACGAUCGAUACCGUUGGAACCACAAAAGAAACACUUUUACGUUUUGUUUCUUCUCCGGCCAAUGCCGAUCUUGCGAUUUUGCGGAAGUGUAAGUUGCAUUUGCCGUUUCUGAUUAUUUAUUGCAAAAAUGAAAUAAUACCCUGCAAAAUAUGAUCUCUGAUGACAAUAUUGUCAGAUAAUCGUUUAUAUAAUGUAAAUAAUUAAAUAUAAAUUUGAUUGAAAGAGAAAUAAAAUGUAAGAAGUUUAUAUGCUUUAUAAGUAAAAGCAAAAUGUAACAUUUGUUCGUUUAGUUAUUGUGAUUAAAUCGUAUUUGUUUUUUUGUAAAUAUUUUUAUCCAGGCGUGACGUAUGUAUAUACGUACGUACGGAACCAUAAGAAUAUCAUAGUAUUGUAUACAGGAUGUUAAAAAAGAAAACUUGGAAGUUUAAAAAGACGAUUAAUAAAUUCGUAUUUUUUUAACAGACUCUGACUUUUGUGUAGAAUCCUUAUUUGAAAUGUAACUGCAAAAAUAUGUUAUUGAACACAGACUAGUAUUUGAUAAUACGAUAAAUGGUUACAUCUCUUGAUAUUUUGCUAUGAAAAAAAAGGUCUUAAAAUUGGCAAGAUAAUCUGCAGAUGAACACCGUUUCUGUAGCAUUCUGUAUACAUACACAUAGGUAUCAUUAAUCUCCCAGUAUUUACGCAUUCAUAUGAUAGUUUUAUAGUAGUUCGAUAGACAUAUAACAGCUUUACUUCGGUAAGGCAAUGCAUACCGACUACACAAAUGGAAAAUUAAGUUGUACCUGGGGAAAUUUUAAUUACACAAAUGGAGUAUAUCACUUAAUCAUAUUCUAUAUAAGCACAAAGAUCAGUCACCGAACGUGUUGAAUUCAACUAAAACUGAGAUAUUGUGAAGUGAGAGAGACUGAAUUAUAAUUUAUAAAUUAUUAAUUGUCAUAUGCGAAGAAUCCGUUUUACAGAUAACAUCAGGUUGCUCUUUCUGUGCAAUCCCGGGAAAGAAUUUUCCAUACAUAAUUAUACGUUAUAAAGCCGUCACAUAUAUAAUAUAUAUAAGUAUAUAAUGAGUUAGAUAUGAUUUAUGUAUAAUUAUAUGUAUUAUAUAUGAGUGGUUUUUUCCCAGGAUUUCAUAAUGUGAGGCAUAAGUCGCAACGCGCCUUAAGUCCGUGUACAACUUUGUAAGAGUAGUCGGAAGUGAGAAGGUGCGAUAUGUGAGAGCUCAUCAGUGAUCAGUCUUGACUAUUGUUCACGACAGUGUGAAAGAGAUUUGCGAUGACGUAUUUAUGUCCAGCGCACGAUAUCCGAUGGAAAAACUUAUGUUUGGAAAUUUCCAGAAGAUACACUUUCCUGCCCAAAUACUGGUUGCGUUGCAAAACUCGUCGGGAAUGAUGUCCGCGCCUCUUUGUUUCCGAUGUUGUUUGAUCGAGCCUAUCACUUUCUGUGAAAUGAUUAUACUGUUAAGGUACAAAAAUGAAUGUCUGCGUAGCAACACUUGUAUGUAAUCUCUCGUGAUCCGAGAUAUCGAUUCCGUAUACAUUUUACAAAUAAGCAAUUUCCGAGCGUAGGCGCGUAAUUUAUGCUGAAAAUACGAUGUUUCAUGGUGCAAAGGUUCUUGCUUUGUUUUACAAAAUCUUGCGUAUCUUGAGAUAUUUAGUGGUAUAAACAAUUUAAUAGGCAAAUUUGUUACACGUGUUACGUAGGCAUCUAAGGAAAACUGAAGGAACGUCUUUGCGUAGCUCUGCUAGACACCGCUGAGACACAAGACGGUGAAACGCAAACGUCAGUAAGACACGAGCAAUUAGUUACUACAAGUCAAUACACUUUCUGCGAGUGAGUUCGUCGUGAUCAAGUCAAGGUGGAAUUACGACGCGAAUGUGCCGAAAAUUGAUGCCUUAGCGCGCCCAAUACUCGUUUCUUGCAAUAUUCCUCGAAGAAUGACUCUGGGGAGUAGUUUUUUUUUUAGUGAAAACUCGAGACUUUCUCAGAUGCUUACGUGUCGAAUUUGAAGUAUUUAUAUUCACUAGCACUUAUUUUUUAAAGCGAGCGUGAAUGGGCGUGUUGUAAACCGUCUGCAAUAGCCAUAAAGUAAUAAAAAUGUAAGUUAAUUGACCAAAGCACAGUCGAUUAUUCUUGGACUUUAAGAAUCCAAUUGGCCGAUCAGCUUACUGCUUACAUCUUGCUUACAUUUUAUGGCUAUUGUAGACAAUCCUUUAAUGAGCAUGCGGCGUGCGUGUGUACGUUUGUACUGCCUACACCAGAUAUGUAAAUAAUUACGAAAGUAAACAAACGGAUAGCGCCUGUUUCGACGUGGAUAUGCGCGUGGUGUGAAUAAUGAAAAUUUGUACAGUCGUGGGCUAAGCGAUUAUAGCAAAUAAUUAGUGAUAUAACGAGGAAAUUAUGAGAUGAAAUGGAAUCAUGUGUGCAUGAAAGAACGUAAAUUCUGUUUUCUACUAACUCGUGUGUGUAUGUGUACUACACAUUUCAUUUCACCACCGUGUCGUACGCGCGAUCCCGACAUAUCCCUGCGCGCGCGAGUCCCACGUCCUCGACUUGAUAAUUAAGCGAUAUAAAAUGGCUGUUUCAAAAGCGUACCUUCUCGAUGGUACGGAGGGAAACUUCGCUUCGGUAUUCGCUAGCGAUCCGAUUCAGCGAUCCGAUCCCACCACGGUACCCUUUGACGGCCUCUGCGCGGUUCAAUACGUGUUCUGCGUUCGAGAUGCUUUGUAAUGCAAUCCUCCGCUCUCUACUUCGAUGUGUCGAUAUACUCGGAAUUCCCGGCGAUCCAAGAAAGAAAGAGGAUGAUCUCUCUGAAAAUUGAAUUACGCGAAUAAGACUGAAUCUGCAAUAGAUAUAGUGAGCCAUUGCCGAAGCUUUUUGCUUCAAGUGCUAAAUUGCAACGUAAUUUCCAACAAAAAGCUUUCCCGGCGCUCCUAGGUUGUCGCAAUUCCCAAGGUAGCAUUGCUACAACUUUUCGUCAGAAAUUACGUUUUAUAUUUUAUUACUCAAAGCGAAAGGUUCAAGGCUUGCUAUACCUAUUGUAGAUCUGGAUUAAUCAAGAGAGAUACAUCGAUCGUCACGUAAGGCGACGGCCAACACGAUUGUUCCGACUAUAGGAAACGACUGAUCCCCUUCUGAUAUUCGAGAUAAAGUCAUUUUUUGUUGAGCCGUCUUAUUAGUCGAGGAGCCUUGCCAGGUUCUCUCGAGUGAUCCAGUUGAUACGUGCAGACUACGUCAAGAUUUCUCUUUUUCGCGUUCUAUUUAAUUUUGAAUCCGGCAUGACGCGAGAUGGAGUGUAUCGCUCGAACGAGGAAACCUAUCGUGUAUCUAUAAUUUCAAGGAUAUUCGAUUACGUCUUGUACGCAUCGUAUCUAUAUGCGCCUUGAGGAGAGGAAGGUCAGAGUCGGAACGGUUAAUUUGGAGCAUGAUAGCGGAAAUAAAAGAUAAAGGAGAAAAAAUGG